CUCUUAUUCCCGUCUACAAAAUGACUUUGCACAGCCAAAUUUGUACUAGUCUAGCUAGCUAAUAGUACCGUACCGUACGUGGCCGCAGGCAGAAGCUCGCACCAAAAAAGAAGCGGGCACACAAACUCGAGUGUGAGACUUGGCAGCCAUCCUUCUACUGUACCACCACUAUAAGGAGUGAGACGAGACAGAAGAUCAAUUAAUCGAUCUGUUCCACCAUGGCAGCUCCUCCUCCAUCUCCGAGUCAAGCUCAAGAAGCAACAAGCCAUGGCGAGAGUGUUGCCGACAAGCUCCAGCACUUGUUGGAGCUGUGUAGUGAGGAAGAGUUAUUGUUACAAGCUCGUUUGUUGGCACUCUGUCAAGUAUUGGCAUCGAUUGGGGACCAGCCCGUGACGAAUGGAUCCGCUCUGCAAGGCUUGUACAAUGUGUUGGUGCAAGUCGAAGAGGAGUAUUUGUGUGGCAGCGCGAAUCGACUGGUUUGCGUGGUACAAGCCACGCAACGCCAUUUGACACUCGUGACUCUCCUACAAGCUGUAACGAGUCGACUCCAAGAAUUGUUGUCGGGCUUGACGGUACAGUCCCAAUUGCACGGUCCCUUGGCGGACUACAUGGCACUGCAGUCGCAACAAGCAGUCCAAUUGUCGCAAUGGAGUCUUCAAUUGGAACAAGAACAAGCGCCAUUGGCGCUCUGUGCAUCGCCCGAAGAAUUCCACGCCCUGCUCCAAAAUCGAUUUGAUACUUCCAUUGAAGAGGAAGAAUGGAUGGAAGCACUCGACGUCUUGCAGCAAGAACUGGGUCAAUUGUCCGUUCAAUUGUUGUCCAGUGACUACGACAACUCCACGGCACGAGGCAAAGCCGUCCAGUAUCAAGGAUUCCUCGGAAUUGUUGUGGCAAGACUGCAAGCUCAUCCAUUCGUUCAACAACCACAAUCUUCGACUGUCACUGCUGGCGCCAAAACGACUGUCGAUUCCGACUAUCCGGCAUGGGCAUUGGAUCCACUGACAGGACUCUUGAUGACUGUCCCCGUGACGUUGCGAGCUCCCUGUGAGUGUGUCAUGGACAAGACCACCUUUGUUCAUUGGAUGAACCAAAAAUCCAUUGAUGCUCCUAAAAAUAAGUGUCCUGUCUGCAAGGAACCCAUGACCAGUAUUGCCGCAAAACCCAACAAGGAACUCAAACGAAAAAUACAAUUGCUCGUGCUUGAUAGUGAUCAGGAGGGUGUCGUUGUGGGUGUGGCCGAUACUUCCAUGGACGAUUCGUCCACCACCAUUCGACCCACCCGCAUGCCACGACGCACAUCGUCCAUGGACGAUUCCGUCGCCAUGACCAGCAUUCAAGAAGACAAACCCUUACUCCAAGAUGAUUCCGCUCGCACCAAUAGCAUGGACAUGAGCUUGACGGAAUUGCGAAGGACCGUCACGGAUUCGCCUACUGCGCAGCGUCGUGCGGUGGAUCCUCGUGCCAACAACAAGUUUCGAUCCAGCCAUACUACCAAAAAGCAUCCCGACACGAUCAAAUUGGCACAAUUCAAACGAACACUCACGUCGUCGCCCCAGACGCAACCAAAACCCAAAAAUAAGAACUUGUUCAAUGCUCUGCGACGUAAAUUGACGAGAUGAAGAUUAUAAGGCAAGAAGCCAACCCCUCAUUGCCACCGGAGGCAAGUUAACCAACCAACUAAAGAAGAGGGAGGUGGUCGAAGCCUCGAGAUCACAAAUAAUACGAAGGAUCAUCCCAAUUGGUUUCUACGUCCCACUCGAUCGACGUCACCCGACCGACACCAGCACAAAAAAUGUGCUUGCUUUAUUCCAUAUACCGGUAAUAUCCACUAGCUAGCUAGCCCCACAAUUAGGUUUUUAGUUAGAAAGAUACUCUACGUAAUGUACAACCG